AUGUCUUCGGAUCUGUCAUGGGACCACCAAUUUUGCCUAUCCUGUGAUAAGCAAACAGAUGGCGACACCUACUGCUCCGAGUCGUGUAGACUCUCCGACUUCGAGAAGUCAUCGGCAGGAAAUUCACCGGCGACUUCGUCUGGCUUCUCUGAACCGAACUACGCCUGGUCAACGUCGAAACAUCAGACCAAAUUCUACCUCUCUCCAGCAUAUGACUUUAGCAACGCUCAACCCUAUGGUUCAACACCCCAACCGCAAGCCUCCCUGGCUCAACGCUCGGAAAUGUCAAGCCCUUCUUCCCGCCGUGCCCUCACACCUUCAAGCUCACACAGCAGCUUAUGCUCUUUACGAAGCACAUCUUCAACCGGUAGCGACAGCCAGCAGUUGUCGGACAAGGCGAGAAAACAACUACGGGACUACGCCAGCUCCUUCGAGCACGCUCGACUUCAGCGCCGCCGGUCCUACUAA